GCCGAGGAUUCUAUAUCUGUCCAACCAUAUGAUCCAAGGAAGGCGUCGGCAAGCUUUCAUAGAGAAAGCUGAAAGCAAAUAUAACUUACAGGGAAUUUAAGCGUAAUUUUAAGUGACCCUCUAUGCAGAAAUGGGAAUGUUCGAUUAACAGUGAGGUACUUUCUCAAAUCAAGUAUAAAUUAUAUGUACAUUUUUGAUUAGAUUAAGGUUUCAAGGGUACCAUUGUAAAUCUGACAUUGUCAUGUCAUGAAGGGUCACUUGAAAUAACAUUUACAGUCCCUUUCAGAUAACCUUACAUUUAUUGACUAGUAUUUUCUCUUAUUUGAUUAGAAAGUUAAUCCUUAAUGCUGUUGAAAUUUCAAAUGAAGAGCCACUGUGUCAUGAUUUUCAUAAAAUUUUUCAAAUAUGAUUUUCAACAUUUGUUUAUAAUUAGGAAAUCUGUGAUAUUUGUAUAGGAAGACGUAAAUUUUAUUUUAAAAAUGCAAAUGCUUAAUAUUGUGAAAAAGAAAUUAAAUUUUCAUUUUGUUUUUUUCACUGAAAGCUUCAAUUUUUCUCUUCCCUGGAAACAUUCUCUUCUUUGCACCAUUAAAUUUCUCAUCAUGAUCAAUAGUACAUUUAUUCUGUUUAAGACUUCUUCCUAAUCUUUUUACACUUUGAUGUUUAUUUAGAUUUAAUUUGCAUUAAUUGCUUGAAAUCAAUUUCCCCGGUUUAUAAUUUUUUUUUUCUAUAAACUUUGCCUAACAGAAGAGCGGAAUGGCAGGGACUUAAAUGAAAAUAAAAUUUAAUAUUUUUUACAGAAAGUGACAAAAUGGAGACAGGCUUCCGAAUCCGGUUGGAUCUGUCGGAUUUCAUCCGGAAUGUUGGUAUGCUAAGAGUUAUGUUUCUACCCAAGGCGAAGAUAUUCACUGUAUCCGACUUGGCGGAUAAAAUUCGUGAGGAGUAUAAUGAGUGUACAGAAGAAACCACAGUUCAACUUUUCAUGGAGGGAGGAUUUCUGAUCCCAGACUGGGAAUCUAUCCAAGUUCUUCAACCUGAUGAUCUAGUCAAAGUUGCUUUGGCAAAGAAAACAGAGAAAAGAAAACGGAAGAUUGAUGAACCAGAGAAAAUAUCUAGUCAACACAAGAAGAAGCUUAAAGCCACCAACAAUGUUACUCUGGCACCUCCUGUAUCUCGACCUAAUAAAGUUUCCUCAAGUUCAGAUAGCUCAGCAUCAUCUGAGGAAGAAGCACCGAAAAAUCCUGCCAAAGCAAUGAAAAAUGUUUCCUCAGUUUCUAAGUCAGCUCCUCCUCCUGCCAGUUCCUCUGAUUCAAGCGAAGAUAGCUCAAGCUCUUCUGAAUCUUCAGUUCCAACUAAAUCAACCACUACUACUCAAGCUUCAGGAUCCAGAAAUGGUGUAAGAAGUACACCAGCAGCAGCAGGAGUCAAAAAAACUACCACAGCUGCUGCAGACAAAUCAGAUAAUAGUGAUAGUGACAGUGACGGUGACCGUGAAGCCUCCAAACCAAAGUCCAACAACUUUAAAACUCCGAAAGUUCAGAAGAAAGAAUCCUCCAGUGAUUCUUCAGAUGAAUCCACUGAUGAAGAUAAUCAGAAGAAAUCAAAAACUGGAUCCUACACUCCGACCAUUUUUGAAGGAUUUCCUAAAUCAUCCACUCCCUCUCUAACUCCGGCUGCUGAUUGCACCAACACUGCAGAAAGUACUCCAGUAGGAGACAAGAAGACUCCUAAGAGAAAGAGGAAAAGAAAGAAUAAAAACAAGAACAAGCUUCCAGCGUCUGAGAUCGUAAAUUUUGAUCCUGUCCAACCAAAUAUAUCAUGUUCCAGUUCUACAACUGUUACUGCUGUUGCUAAAUCAGAGGAGUACUCAGCAGAUGAUAUACAGGCCCUAUAUAGACUUUCUAAACCAGCGCAAAUAGGAAAGGUGCUUAGUAGUAAAGAGAAGGAGAACAAGGUGACAAUGAACGGGAAUAAAAAAUCCGCCACACAGUUUAUGCCUAGGGUUCUUAACAUUCAGGAAUUGAAAAAGGGGAGAAAUAUCCAGAACACGGAUGUAUUAACAGAUAUUCCAUCAACACAGGAAAACUUUAAAUUCAACAAUUUAACUAAACCCUCAAACCCCCACCCCACCNUAAUAUUUCAGUCUGAUUUACAGAAUCUUUGUUCUUCACCUAAUAUUUCAGUCUGA